GCUGGAGCUGUUCUCUCAUCGGCGGAGAACUUGCUACAGGAGAGCGAAGACCGACGAAACAAGUAGUUAGAACCAAACCGCAGGGCCUUCGGUAGAGUUCCGACGCUCUGGUUGGUAGCAUGGACAGCUCCGCGGGGAUGAAUGGGCAACUUGGACACGCUCGCCUUCAUGGGCAUGCACAUGGCAGUGAAGUCACCCCAGAAAGGGACUCGUCGGGCAACCUGGCGCCCAAGCGUGCCCGUCGAAGGCUUGAAACCGAGGGUAGUGACGACUCCGAUCACACACGGGGCUACACCUGGGGCGCUGGUGGCCAUGGCACUAGGCACGAAGGUACCGGUGACAGGCAGCGAGACAGCAAGCCAACCAAGGCCCAGCUUGUAUCUGAAAGCGUCAUCGAGCUACUCCAUGUCUGCACCCUCAUCCAAGUAGCGCUGAACAACAACCCUUCCGAGGAGGGCAUCGACGUCAGACCUUCGAACGCGCCGGAACCCCCUCAACCGUCCCCCGAUACCCCGGGUGACUCCAACCACGAGAUGGGGGGAGAGUGAUGCUGCAUGUGAAGCGGACAGAUGGUAUACUGUCCGUCGUGCAUGAAAAAUCGAUGCUCUACAAAUCGCAGCAUGUACGUGGAAUGAAAAGGGUGCAAAAUUCGAGUAGUACAACGUGAUCAAGUGGUUUGCCGAGUAGUCAAUCAGGAUGGUUCGAGCUGGAACCAGUGUGGCUGAUGUGGGUCUGGUCGUCAGGGUUUAGUUUUUGGUCACUGUGAUUGGUUUCUUACACCUACCGUAGCGUAGGUUUUGGGAGGUUGCCAACGAGUCACUCCACUGUUGACCCGAGAGAAUAGCAAUCAUGUACAUAUGCAAAAUGCCCGGUGUGUGAUUGAACGUCUAGCACCGUCUGUAGGCCGCGCCGUGGGCAUUUUUUUCGUCGACUGCUCACGGCACAGGUCCUUUAGCCCUGAUCCGCUUCUCGUGAAAAGCCUUCGUAUGUAAAUUCUAGGCCUUGUGCGUGUCAGCUCUUGGGCUAUCAUUGACAGGAGGAAGAUGUGACAUCAAAUUCAAAGAUAGGUAGAUGCGCCGCUGUCAAAAGGGGAGUGGUACAUAGAAUCGUCCUGGAUGGUCGAACAGUGGCAGCUCCACACGAACCCCACGGUCCAAGCUCAAAUAGACGCGAGCGUUGCAACAGCGUGAGAGGUGUUUCAGUCGUUCUUGUGCGUGGCUCCAGCGUAGGGUGUGUAUAGGAUAGUAUUGGCAGGUAGUAGAAGGACGAUUGACACAGUUUGAUUAUCGGAUAUAGACUAGAACUUUCUGCGGGAGAGGUGACCGUCAGAAGGUGCGUAGGCGCUGCUAAUCGUGCUUCAAUGAAACAUCGUAUGUUCUCGGCUGAGUUGUUCCAUUGCACGCACACUUUGUUGACGCACUCAUCCCAAGGGUUCCGAGACAUCUUCGCGAUGAUGCAAGCCAUUCCCGAACAUCCAUCGCCAAAUUUCCGCUAGCAUUGCAUGCGUAAAGUCAAAUGAUGCUGCACCUCACGUAACUUAUUUACCGAAGCCCUUGGACAACCCGUUUGGACGAGACCGUGACUUCACGACCCCCUGUCAACGAAAAGCCUAUCGGACUCAAGUCCACGCUGCCCACCGGUAAACACGAAUCUCUCAACUUCGUCUGUAUAUUGCCUUGUCCUCUAACCUAUGCCUAGCUAAAGACGGGGCGGUGUGGUGACCACGGGAAGCGCCUCGACCUUUUUCCGCUUACGGCGCCGAAAAGCGGCAGGUGAACAUACUGUUCUCCCGCAGUAACACUGUGUCUGUUGCCGAUCGACACGCAGGGUUUGACAGCACCUACGCAUGCAACAGAAAACCAAACCCCGCGUUCUGCAUGGACAAUGUAAACACCUUCCUGCAACAGCUUGUCAGCGGGACGCUCACUCCAAAUGACCCCAACUCAAUUCAGAUAAUUUUGUGGCUACAACGCCUGAAAUCC